CAAGUUCUACACGAGGUAACUAUAUCCAAUGUUCUAUAUACCCACACAGGCAUGUUACAACAGGGAUUUUCACGGAAGUGGAUCUAAGCAAUGGAGAAUAUCUUGAUCGUCUCGGUUUAUCACACAGUAUUGUUUAUCGCCCAUUCAGCGGCUUAUAUCUAUGAUUGUAAAUACAUCGUCACCAAUGAGGAAGAGAAUGUGUUCACCUAUAAAGGGUACGGGGGGAAAUUCAAAUACCUGACCAACUGGAACUUCAUAAUCCAGACAGUAUAUUUUGGGCUGUGUGUAGCCAAUGAUUUCUGCGGAACAAAUGUCCGACCCUCUGGGAAAGGUCAGCGAAGCCGCCUACAAAGAUGGAGGGACAACUUCUUGGCGACCAUUGUGUUUCCUGUGGGAAUGUUUGUUGUUUUAACCUUCUGGGGAAUAUAUGCCAUAGACAGAGAAUUGGUGUAUCCCAAAGAACUGGAUAAAAUCAUUCCAUCAUGGCUCAAUCACAUUAUGCACACCACCAUUCUGCCUUUCCUGUUGAUAGACAAGUUCCUAGUUUACCAUCAGUAUCCAAGCAGAAAGGCUGGCUUCAUCACUCUUCUGUCUCUAGCAUUAACUUAUCUUGCCUGGAUCCUAUGGGUGGCAUUCUAUGCCAAUAUCUGGGUUUAUCCCAUCCUGAAGGUUCUAUCACCUCACCAGAAGGCUGUGUUCAUUAUGGCCCUGCUAGUCUUUUUUGUAUUUCUCUAUCUCCUUGGAGAAUUUAUCAACAAAACUCUCUGGGAUAAAGAGAGGAAACAUGUAAAGAAAGUGAAAUCCAGUUGAUGACAAAGCAAUGUAGAUGUUUAUUUUUAGAAACCAUGUGAUCUGUAUCAAUUUACAUAGUGUUGUUGUCAUUGAAGCUCACCAGGGAAAAAGGACAUAGAUAAUUUGUGUUUAAUUUAGUCAUGGUCAACUUAUGCUUAAAAUCAACCCCAGAGCAUCUUGCCUUUUGUUUUUUCUGAAAAAAAAGAAAUUAUGGCUAAAAGUCACAGAUUGCUACAUAUCAAGUCAUGCUUAUCAUUCAAAAUCUUUGUUGGACACACAAGUUGUGUAUUUGUAUUAAUUAUGAAAUUUUGAAUUCAGUACUGAAAUUAUAGCAGUGUGUUAAAAUGAAUGUGAGCCUGACUAAAUUCAGAAUGGAUCAUUGUACGUUAGUUCAACACCAGUGAUUUUAUAGAAUUUAUAUAUGUUGUAUAUUUUUGUACGAUUUACUGUAUUUAUUACAUUCUUAAUAUUUGAAGAUUGAAUGUACAUCAAAGAUGUGAAAUAUAACUUUACAUAUUAUUUUUUUAAAACAAAAUUUCAUUUUUAUAUUGAAUGGAAUCUUUUUUUCUUCAAGCAUGUAUGCAGUUAAAAUCGGGUAAACAUUAACUUUGUCUAAUACUGUGACAGCAAAAUACCACAGUUUCAGAAUAGAAAAUUUUUAUGCAGAGUUAUGAGCAAAUGAAAUUGUUAAUUUAUGAAGCCUGUCUUUUGUAUGACUUUUUUGUACAUUUUUAAAAAUCAGAAUAAAUUAAGUAAAUCAA